CCACUCGGGACCGGCCAGGCUCGCAGAGCAACACCACUAUGGACCUGGGGCGCCUGGCGACACGGCUCCUCGGCCGCGGCACGAUCUGGGGCGGUGGCUGGUGGAGAGGGCCAGCCCCGCGGGGUGGGGGGAGGGCUCCCGCUGCCCCGCGCUGUUUCUCUGCCGUCGGGCGGGCAGUCCCGGAGGGCGCGUACGAGCGAGUGUUCAGGGCCGCCUUGGAGGAGCCCGAGAAGUUGUGGAGAGAAGCUGCCGGGCAGAUCCAGUGGUACAAGCCCUGGGUCAAAACCGUGGAGAGGAGCAACCCGCUGGUUGCCUCCUGGUUUGUGAAUGGAGAGCUGAAUAUUUGUUAUAAUGCUAUAGAUCGUCAUGUUGAGAAUGGACAUGCAGACCAGAUUGCUAUUAUAUAUGAUAGUCCUGUAACAAACACUAAACAGGCUAUAACUUACAAAGAAGUUCUUGAACAGGUCUCCAAAUUAGCAGAUGUUAUGGUGAAAUAUGGUGUGAAGAAGGGAGAUUGUGUGGUUAUCUACAUGCCCAUGAUUCCACAGACAAUGUACACUAUGCUGGCAUGUGCAAGAAUAGGAGCCAUACAUAGCCUCAUUUUUGGUGGAUUUGCUUCUAAAGAGCUUUCCAGCCGCAUUGAUCAUGCAAAGCCAAAACUCAUUGUAACUGCAACUUUUGGGAUAGAACCAGGAAGGAAAGUGGAAUACAUACCACUUCUAGAAAGAGCACUGGAAAUGAUACAGCAUCGACCUGAGAAAGUUCUCAUAUACAGUCGACUUCAUUUGGGAACUGUUCCCCGAGUCCCAGGUCGUGACCUUGAUUGGGAUGAAGAAAUAGCAAAAGCAACCCCUCAUGACUGUGUUGCUGUUCAUUCAGAUCAUCCACUUUACAUUCUUUAUACGUCAGGAACGACUGGCUUGCCCAAGGGUGUUGUUAGACCAACAGGUGGGUAUGCAGUUAUGUUGAACUGGACAAUGUCGGCUAUUUAUGGACUCAGACCUGGAGAGGUGUGGUGGGCAGCUUCUGACUUAGGCUGGGUAGUUGGCCAUUCUUACAUUUGCUAUGCACCUCUCCUGCAUGGGAAUACAACUGUUUUGUAUGAGGGGAAGCCUGUGGGAACGCCAGAUGCUGGUGCUUAUUUCCGUGUUCUAUCAGAGCAUGGAGUGGCUGCCUGUUUUACUGCACCAACUGCAAUUAGAGCAAUCCGUCAGCAGGACCCUGAGGCAGACUUGGGAAAGCAGUACUCUUUGACAAGGUUCCGAACAUUAUUUUUAGCGGGUGAACGGUGUGAUGUGAAGACAUUGGAAUGGUCAAAAAAAGUCUUCAAGGUCCCAGUGUUGGAUCACUGGUGGCAAACUGAAACUGGAUCUGCAAUUACUGCUUCCUGUGUUGGUUUGGGAAACUCUACAACACCUCCACCAGGACAGGCAGGAAAAUCAGUGCCAGGAUACAAUGUGAUGGUUCUGGAUGACAACAAGCAACCAGUGAAGGCCAAGACUUUAGGAAAUAUUGUGGUAAAAUUACCUUUGCCUCCUGGAGCCUUCUCGGGUCUCUGGAAAAAUCAAGAAAUGUUCGAGGAGUUAUAUUUCCAAAAAUUUCCAGGAUACUAUGAUACCAUGGAUGCUGGGUACAUGGAUGAAAAUGGCUACUUGUAUGUCCUAUCUCGAGUUGAUGAUGUGAUCAAUGUUGCAGGUCAUAGAAUUUCAGCAGGUGCAAUUGAGGAGGCUAUUCUUUCCCAUGGAGCUGUGGUUGAUUGUGCAGUUGUUGGCCAAGAGGAUGCCUUAAAAGGUCUUGUCCCAUUAGCACUAUGUAUAUUAAGAAAUGGUAUUAAAAUAGAGGAGGAGAAAGUUUUGGAAGAAAUUGUUAAGCUUGUUCGAGAAAGCAUUGGCCCAGUGGCAGCUUUUCGAAAGGCAGUGUUUGUGAAACAGAUUCCAAAGACACGUUCUGGCAAAAUACCACGUUCUGCUCUUUCUGCUCUUGUCAAUGGCAAACCAUAUCAGAUAACUCCAACCAUUGAAGAUCCUGGCAUGUUUAAACACAUAGAAGAAGUUCUGAAGAAAAAAAAAUAAUGACUUUUAUGCAUCAUUUAGUGUCUUAUUAUUAAAAGCCUCAUAAUGUCUGGACUAUAUGAAGAAAUACUAUAUUUGGCAAAAAAAAAAAAAGUAGCAGUCUGAAGUAACCUGGUGCAAAUUUUAUGUUGCAGCUUCCUCUAUCAUAUCAUCCUGGACAACGAAAUAUUUUGGCUUUGUCUACACUGGCAGCUUCUUGUGCAAGAACUGUUUUGCGGAAGAGUUCUUGUGCAAAAAAUCUUCCACAAGAGCACAUCUAUACUGGCAUGUGCUUUUGUGCAAGAGAUGUGCAUUUCCACAGGAGCAUCUAUGGCAGUGUGGACACUCUUUUGCGCAAGAAAGCUCUGAUGGCCAUUUUAACCAUAGGGGCUUCUUGCGUAAGAAAUUCAUGUUUCCUGUCUACACUGCCCUCUUGUGGAAGAGCUCUUGCACAAGAGGGCUUAUUCCUUGGGGGGCGGGAGGGGAGAGGAAUAACUCUUCCGGAAGAAGCCCUGUUUUACAGCGCUAUACUGUAAAUUUACUUGCGCAAGAACGCUUGUGCAGUGUAGACAGCAGGCAAGUUUUUACGCAAGAACACCUGUUCUUGCGCAAGAAGUUGCCAGUGUAGACAUAGCCUUUUCAGUUUGGUAGUGUUUGUAAUUUGUAAUAUACUGGAGGUUUAAUCAGGUAAGAAGUAGGUACUUACAGUAGAGAGUUUUGACAGAGCCCUGUGAGGAGGGUUCAGUGAUAUGCAGAGUUCAAGACCAGAAGGGACCAUUCAACCAUAUAGAGUGAUUACCUAUGUAACACAGGUUCUUAGUUGCACCCAGUAAUGCCUGCAUUGAACACAGUAACUUUUUUGAAUGAAGCAUAACUUGCUGCAUAUCUAGCCAGUCUUGAUUACAUGAUUUGGAGAAUCCAUCUCUUCUCUUGAUAGUUUGUUCCAGUGAUUAAUCAACCUCAUUGUUAAAAAUACGUGCCCCUCAUUUCUAGUCUCAUUUAUCUAGCUUCAGCAUUGAGUUAUUGGUUCCGGAUAUGGCUUUUUUAUGUAGAUAAGAGGCCUUUAGUACCCAGUACUUUCUCCCUGUGAAGGUCUGUGUAAUCAAGUCACUUUGCAACCUUUUUAUGGUAAAAUAAACAGAUUGAGCUCUUUAAGUC